AUGCCCCUUCAUCCGACUGAACUGAAGGGCCUAUCACCUGCCCGAGUCCAGGACAAAUACCCCAAGUGGUUUGGCAAUUUCCCUUACCCAUACAUGAACGGCUCUUUACAUCUGGGACACGCGUUCACCAUCUCCAAAAUCGAAUUUGCCGCCGGAUACCAGAGAUUAUUGGGCAAGCGUGUCUUAUUUCCUCAUGGUUUACAUGCAACGGGCAUGCCGAUCAAGGCGGCCGCUGACAAGAUAAUUCGUGAAAUGGAAAUGUUCGGCCCCGAUUUCGAACGAUUCGAUGAGGACGCGCAAGACGAUAAACCUAUCAAAGCGGCGCCAAACGGCCCAGCCGCACCUUCAGCAGCAGUCGGGAAAGCUACGAAGGGCAAGAUUGCCGCAAAAUCUACGGGACUGACGUACCAGUUCCAAAUCAUGUUGUCAAUCGGCGUCCCGCGCGUGGAAGUCAAGAAGUUUGCGGACCCCCAUCACUGGCUGGAGCACUUCCCGCCGAUCUGUAAGGAGGAUAACAACGCAAUGGGAAAUCGUAUUGAUUGGAGACGUUCGUUUGUCACAACCGACCUGAACCCUUACUACGAUUCGUUCGUUCGAUGGCAAAUGAAUAAAUUGCAUGCAUUGGGCAAAGUCAAGUUCGGGGAGCGAUACACAAUCUACAGCCCUAAAGACGGACAGCCCUGUAUGGACCAUGAUCGGUCGGACGGUGAAGGUGUCAACCCCCAAGAGUACACUGGCAUCAAGAUGGAGGUCGUAGAAUGGAGUCCCGCUGCGAAGGUCAUUGAAGGCAAAGUCAAUGAUCGGAAAGUAUAUUUGGUCGCUGCGACGUUGCGCCCCGAAACCAUGUACGGUCAAACAAAUUGCUUUGUGGGCACGUCCAUAAAAUAUGGCGUCUUCGCGAUCAACGAUACAGAGGCAUUUGUAUGCACGUAUCGUGCAGCUCGUAACAUGGCUUUUCAAGGUCUGUCGCCUGAGCGCGGCCAGACUCAACAGUUAUUGGAGAUAGAUGGUGCGGCCUUGGUCGGCACAAAGAUUAAAGCACCAUUUGGAUUAGCUCCUGAGGUGUAUGUGUUGCCUAUGGAUAAUGUGUUGUCCACGAAGGGUACUGGUGUCGUCACUUCUGUGCCAUCAGAUUCUCCCGACGAUUUCGCAACCAUCAACGAUCUACGCAAGAAACCUGAAUUUUACAAGAUCGAUCGCGAUUGGGUUUCCGUCGAUCCGAUCCCGGUGCUGACGACUCCGACCUAUGGCGAGCUGACUGCGCCCCGAUUGGUUGAGAAGCUGAAGAUUCAGUCCCAAAAAGACGUCAAACAGCUGGCAGAGGCAAAGGAAAUCGCGUACAAGGAGGGUUUCUACAGUGGAGUGAUGUUGGUCGGCGAGUUCAAGGGUCUGUCCGUUCAAGAGGCAAAGCCCAAAGUGCGCGCAAGCAUGAUCGAACAGGGAUUGGCUUUCGCAUACGCCGAACCUGAGAACCCGGUCAUCUCGCGCAGCGCGGAUGAGUGCGUUGUCGCCCUGAUGGACCAGUGGUACAUGGAUUACGGCGAACCUGUUUGGAGAUCAGAAGCCGAGAGGUUGCUGGCAAAGAUGGAGACAUGGACGGUCGAGACUCGGAACUUGUUCGAGGCCACCUUAGCAUGGCUGAAUCAGUGGGCUUGUGCUCGGACAUACGGCUUGGGGUCCAAGCUACCUUGGGACCCCCAGUUCAUGGUCGAGAGUUUAAGUGAUUCGACUAUCUACAUGGCGUACUACACUGUUGCACAUCUGUUGCACGAUGGUGACAUAUUUGGUCGAACACCGGGGCCUCUGGGCGUCAGCGCCGAACAGAUGACUGACGAGGCCUGGGAAUAUGUUUUCUGCAACGGACCGUGGCCAGACCCAGAGCCGUUCCCAAAGGAAAAGGCUGACGCAUUGAAGCACGAAUUUAAUUACUUCUACCCCUUCGAUAUGCGUUCCUCCGGCAAAGACUUGGUCCAGAACAACCUGACGUUCUUGCUUUACAACCACGCUGCAAUCUUUCCUGAAGACAAGUGGCCCAAGGGCAUCCGCACGAACGGACAUCUGAUGCUGAAUGGCAAGAAGAUGUCGAAGAGCACGGGCAACUCACUGACGCUGAGGGAAGGCGUGCUGAAGUUUGGCGCUGAUGCAAUGCGUUUGUCAUUGGCGGAUGCUGGCGAUGGCGUAGAAGAUGCUAACUUUGAUGAAAAAACUGCUAACGCAAACAUCCUGCGCUUGCAUACGUUGAUGACCUGGUGUGAGGAUAUAUUCAAGGACGAGUCUAACCUACGUACUGGUUCCAAGAACUCCUACCAUGAUCGCGUGUUUGAGGAGGAGAUUGUCGACCUGAUCAACAUUACGAAGAGUCAUUAUGACGCAACCGCUUUCAAGGACGCUCUCAAGUUCGGCUUCUACGAGCUGCAGAGUGCCCGUGACUGGUACCGAGAAGUCACCGCCGAAAUUGGAAUGCACGCAGACUUGGUCAAAUAUUGGAUCCGCGUUGCUGCGUUGAUGAUCACACCUUUUGCUCCUCACUUUGCGGAGCAUAUCUGGACGGAGGUGUUGAAGGAGCCUCGUUCCGUACAGCUGGCACUGUGGCCAGACCCAGGGCGCAUCGCGGACAGGUCGAUCAUUGAGACCGGCGUGUAUAUGCGUGGAACGCUGAAGACGAUCCGCGAUGCUGAGUUUACGUUGUUGAAGAGGUUGCAAAAGGGCAAGAAAGGCAAGGGCGCGGAAGAUGCGCUGUUCGACCCCAAGAAACCCAAGGCCGUCCGGAUUUAUGUUGCGACCAAGUUCCUGAGUGGCAGGAGACACGAUAAGGUAGACGACGCGAAAGUGCGCGAUAUCCUGAUAGAGAAAGGGUUGAUCAAGGACAAGCGCGCUAUGCCAUUUAUUCAGGCGUUCAAGAAACGAAUGUCAGAAAUUGGUGUCGAUGCUGCGUUCCGGCGAACAUUGUUGUUCUCCGAGUCUGAGAUUUUGAAGGAGUUGCUGCCGUAUCUGAAAAAGUCUUUGAGCUUGGAAGAUGUGGAAGUCUUCUCUGUUGAGGAGGCAUUACAAAGAGAGGGUCAUGGUUUUACGCGCACCAUCAUAGAGUCCUCCGAACCUGGAAGCCCUGCCUUCGAGUAUCGUAACAUAUAG